ACGGGAUAGAAGGCGUGUUAACUGAGAUCGGAGUGAUUUAUUGCAAAGUAACAAUUAUUACAAUGAACAGCGAGCACAUGCUGAUUACCAUGAAAGUCGACGAGGAGACGAAUGAUUCUUCUGAAGGACCUGUCACGUUUAACUGCUUCUCGUCCGAUAAAAUCACCAAGGCAUUGACGGCAGUUGUGGCGAUCAUCAUCUCCGAGUUUUCGGGCUACGUUGAUACAAAGUUCUCAGGUUUGCAACUCGAAAUAUCUCGGCACGAAAAAGAAAUCGAAAGCCUCAGACUCCAGCUACAAGCAUCCAGUGAUGACCCGGGAGCAAUGCGAAGCUGUGCAGAGGACCUAUUGAAGGAUGGAACAGCCGCCAGGAGCGAUGUGGGGGAGAGCCGGCUUGGCGCAAAUAGCGAAGAAGAAACGGCAGAUCAGUCACUCGGGCGGAAUAGACCUGCAACACCGUGUGGACCGGCGGCCGUCGGCCAAGGAUGCAGAGACGAGUGUGAGAGAGAUGUUGGAAAAGAUAAUGAAGCGGAUAUUCAAGAAACGACAAAUGCUGCAAGUGAAAAAGAGGCCAUAGUUCAAGAUUUCUACUUAUCUUCCAUAGAGACUGCAGAAUUCGGCGUAUCAGAAACCAAAAAUGAGUUAGCGGAUCAGAUAUUUGGGCACAUUAAAGCAAAUGAUGUGAACGCUGAUUCCGAGUAUCUGCUGGAGCAGGAGUUUGUUCACAUUAAGGAUGAAGUGAAUGAGCAGGAACCGGUGGAGCAGAACUUGGCUGUUUCUUUACAGAUCAAACCAGAGGUUAGUAUAACUACCACUAUGCCUCCUACCACGCAAGCAAAUGAAACUAAAGACUCGGAUAUGGAGGAUGGUCCAUACACUAUCGCGAAGGAGAAUCUCAUUUUGGGGAAUAAAUCUUCUGGAAAGAAUCAGCCCCCUGAUUAUGUCUCCAAUAAGAAUAAAAUAUGUGCCUUUAGCUUGUGUACAGAGAAGAAACACAGUUGCCCUGAAUGUGGGAAAGUUUACAAGUGGUUACGGUGCCUCAGAAUCCAUAUGAGGGUCCACACGGGAGAGAAGCCAUAUAAUUGUUCAGAUUGUGGGAAGAAUUUUAGCCGGGUUGACAACCUUAAAAUCCACAUAAGAAUUCACACUGGUGAGAGGCCCUUCAGUUGUAGUGAAUGUGGGAAGACUUACCGUAAUUCAAGAAGCCUGAGGCAACACAAGAAGAUUCCCAUUGGGAAUCCUCCGUACACUUGUGCCACAUGUGGGAAGACCUUCAGAUGCUUGCAUGCUAUUAAAUCCCACCAGGAAAUUCAUGCUGGUAAGCAAAUGCACCACUGUACUGUGUGCUGGAUGACGUUUGAUCAGUUAAGCUGCCUCAGGGCUCACCGGAAAACCCAUGUGGGCAGAAAACGAUACGACUGUUCUGAGUGCGGAAAGAAUUUCAGUCAGUCGACUUACUUAAAAAUACACCAGAGGAUUCACACCGGCGAGAAACCAUAUCACUGCAGUGAAUGCGGAAAGAGCUUCCGGCAGUCGUGCACUCUGAAAGCACACCAGAAGGUCCAUGCCGCCAAGCAUAGCACCAGAAAAAGUCAUCGACUCCUGAUCAGCUAAGACUGGAAGUGAGUCAAGGCCUUCUGUCUCUGACUAAGCUCACAACCACUUGAACACAAAUGUUAAUCUUCAUUUUCACCCUUCACCCACACUACCCCACCCAUGCCCAGUGUAACAAAUGUAGAGUUCUGCACAUGCCUAUGAAAUUAAAGCCUGACAUCAUAAUGUUCUCACUGACCCCCCAAUUUACUUUACAUACCACGUUGAGUUCAGUAAAUAAAAAUACUGUGCA